UGAUGGGUUACCAGCACGCAGGCAGCAGUGGGAUAUCUUUCAAUAUGAGUUGAACGUUUGAACAUGUAUGGCUUUAAUUAAACGUACUACGGUGUUCUAAAUAUCGGACUAUCACCUAGGAAAUACUGAUAUUCACCGACCUAGAGCUAGGUAGCUCACGACGCAAUAGUGUAAGAUGAUCAGACUCCAUGAUGCUACCUGCGCCUUGUGACUCCAUAGCCUCGAGUCGGUCUGCGUGGCAACUCAUCGCACUGUUCGUGUGUGAUCCUGUUUCUCGCUCAAGGCGUCAGGGAGCGGCUGUUUGACUCGCUGUUGUAAACAUGUGAGUAAACCAAACAGUGGUGUGUGUAUGAGCUGCGUAGCCAUCGCAAACUCCACAGGGUCGAGGCUGCCCUGCUAAGCCUUCCUCACAACACACACUUGACAUCUUCCGUGACGACAGCCAGUCCAAUGGCUACACCCUUUGUACCUGUACCAAUCCCUAUGGAGGGGAGUUCUGGGAAACCUCGACGGCCGCAGAGGACCUCAUCUCUGGGCAGUGUCUCGAGCUCCUCUGAGUCCUCCAGGGGUCACGGGGUCAUGACCCCACCAGUGCAGUGCCAGAGCCCCGUGACCCGUGCCUGUCUGGCGGGAGGCCAGCCGAGCGUCGAGUUCAGCACCAGCCCACACCAAAUCAACACCAACUCGACCAACCCCUCCUCAGCCGCCGGCUCAGAUGAGCGGCCAAUCACACCCUCCAUUCUAGGCUACGAGGUUAUGGAGGAGAGGGCCAAGUUCACGGUGUACAAAGUUCUUGUGAAGAAGAACAGUGAUGAGAGCUGGGUGAUCUUCAGACGCUACACGGACUUCUCACGGCUUAAUGACAAGCUAAAGGAGAUGUUUCCAGGCUUCCGUCUCGCUCUGCCACCCAAGCGCUGGUUUAAAGACAACUAUGAGUGUGACUUCCUCGAGGAACGACAACUGGGCCUUCAGGCCUUCCUGCAGAACCUGGUGGCCCACAAAGACAUUGCUAACUGCACACCUGUGAGGGAGUUCCUGUGUCUGGAUGACCCCCCAGGACCCUUUGACAGUCUGGAGGAGAGUCGGGCGUUCUGUGAGACGCUGGAGGAGGGUAACUACCGGCUGCAGCAGGAGCUUGCGGAGAAGCAGCGGGAGAUCAGCCAGCUGAAGGGCCAACUGCAGGAGCGCGACGACACCAUCCAGCUCCUGCAGCAGAAGCUCAGUGGGAAGAGUCCAUGUGUAUCAGCCCCCGGUAGUGUGAGCAGUGUGGAAGUGGAUCCCGAUGUAGACGCAGAGUCCUCAACCACAGAGGCAGACCAGGACACAACCCAACUCAACGGGUCAGUGUGCUGGUGUCGUCCGGUCUCGUCCAGCUGCUCACCCCCAGUCAUCCAGGUCACCCAGUUGGAUCACUAAUCCAGACUGCUGUCCUCCUCCCCCUCUUCCUCCCUCUCCUUCUCCUCCUCCUCCUCCUCCUCCUCUUUCUAUUUUCUCCUACGGCCCUGCAUCUUCUCCUUUAUGAUUUGGGAGUUCUCUGCGUCUGGCUAGGAGCCCAGCUAGCGCUAACCACCACAGAGCAGACUGAGAAGAAGGACAGAAGGGCCACACAUAUGGGAAUCUGUGGAAAUGGGACGCAAGGCUCAUAUAAGGAAGCGUUAAUGCCGCCACAUGCACUUGCCAUGGCUGCUGUGUGUGUGUGUGUGUGUGUGUGUGUGCGCGUGCGCGUGCGCGUGUGCGUGUACGUGUGCGUGUGAGUGUGCGCGUGCGCGUGCGCAUGUGUGUAGUGGGACAGCUGGAGCUCUUCGAUCGUGUGCAGCUUGGAGUAGAGCAUCCCUGAAUCUGUCCAAUGAGCUGCUGGUUGCCAUGGCUGGUUGCCAUGCCAUGCUGUGGUGUCGGCGCGGAGCAGCAGCUCUCCCUGUAUGGCCUGCCGAGGAGAGAAGGGAUAAUCUGGCGUCAAGUACUGUGGCACCCGUGGUUAGGGCGGCCAUCGGCCAAUCAGGACUCUUCAUGUAGAUGUACUUUUGGUUUUGUUUGGAAUAACACUGCCUUCACAGCCAUCACCCAUCUCACCAUCUCACACCACGGUCCUAUCUUUAAUUACGAGACACUUGCUAAUGCUUUUAAAUAGGUAUGUUAGAUGUUAGAAUGCAUUGCUUGCACUAUAGAUUGAAGUGUGUGUGUGUGUGUGUGUGUGUGUGUGUGUAUGCUCGUUUGUGUGUAUGUGUGUAUGUUGAAAAUGUGUGAUGUACAUUUGCUGUCCUGUUUAUUUCAUGAUUACUCCGAAUAUACUAUUAGUCAAUAGUGGCCAUGAUGAAUACAUGAUGGGCAUUCUACAUGCUCUACCAUGGCAGUAGUCUGAAAGAAAAAGGCUAAUCAUACUUUAGUAGACAACAUUGCUGGUCUGCUGUAGGAUGACUGGGUCAGUGGCAAGGCAAUCUAAGUAUCUCAGCUGCUACAGGAAACUAACUGUCUUAAUGGGGAGCUAGUCCUCUCCUGGCACUACCAUAUACCCCCCCUCCAUACACACACACUAGGUGCGUGUGUAUGUGUGUUUGUUUGUUUUUUGUGUGUAUGCACAUAGGUCACCACUUAAAGCCAUAGUCUGCAGCUGUUUUGUGUUGAAAUUUGCAAGAAAAUCUUGAAAUCAAGAAAAGCCAUAGACAAAGCCAGGUGUGUUUGUGUCGUGGUCUUGUGCAGUCUGUCUGUCUGUCUGUCAGUCCGUGUGGCAACUGAACUCAGUCCUGGUUGUGGGCGGCCCCUUCUGCAGCCCAGACCAGAUCACAUGAUGCACUUUACUGCCCUGGGGGCUUCUGGGUAAACUAGUCUUGGCUUUGUCUAAAUCGUAGUGCCUUCUCACACCUGCACACUCACUCUCACUUACAUAUUUAGUGUGUGUCUGUGUUUGUGUGUGUGUGUGUGUGUGUGUGUGCGUCUAUCUGUGCGUCUAUCUGCAUAGCUUUAUUCUCACUGUGUGUUCACACUCGUGAAUCACCCGGGUCAGCAGCUCUCGUCAUGGACAGUGCCUUGCUUGUCCCCGGUCUGCCCCCCCCUCUUAGACAUCAAUCAAUGCUUUGAGCUACACACAUUUCCUCAGGAUUGUCAGUUCAUGUGAGGGCUGUCCAGUUCUCUUCACAGAGGCCCUAACAGCAACUGCCCACCCGGUCAUGUGUGGUCAGGCCGGGAUCAGAUGGUCAAUUAGUGCCGUUGUGCGGUGGCAUUGUUGGAAAGGAAACAUGCCGCCCCGGCCCGCCACUGCAGGCCUUUGUCGAUGACGUUUGGCACUCCUGGUUUACGACCGUAAAGGGUGAAAGGCCCUCGUGAGGAAUGUGCCCUGCGAGGGGACAGACCCUAUGGCAAGGCACGAUGCAGCCCCAGUGUCCACUUCAGGAGAGAGGGACAGUCAGAGUGGAGCUAGAAGUCCUCACAAACCUAACCAUCGAUCCACUCACAAAUAAACAAGUGCUUUCGGACGGGAGACGUUUCUAUAAGUGUGAGCAAAGAUAAGUGGACAUCCUUACAUGUGUGUCGGUCAGGGUAGGUUUGUAUUCACAAUACGGAAUACUGAGAGAAUGUCAAAAACAACUCACUACCCCCAAACACUCACCACACUUUAUGUUAGCUAUAACAAAGAGGGUCUAUUCUUCUCCCAGACUGUCUGUCUUUGCAUUUGUUUAGAUUUUGUUUAUCCUGGUUUAUUUUGAGACUCGUGUGCUUGCAGGCAGGGAAUGGGCUAAAAGCCUAUGGGUUCAGGAAACCGAUGUAAACUUAAAGAGAUAAUCGCAUUGUAACUGACUUAUUUCACACCUCUCUAAACUAACGUUUUCAGGUAAUAAUAAAUCAGUCAACUUGUUUUUCUAUAAACGUGUGUGAAUUGUUUUAUUUGUGCAUGUUUAACACAAGCCCCCGGCACUCACAUAAAUAUGCCAAUUUCUGU